AUGGAUGAAAUUCAGUAUACCUUUAAAGAUACAAAAUCAAAAAAUAAAAUUGAACAAGAAAAUAAUGAUUCAAUUAAAAAAAAAGAAAUAAUCGAUAAAUGCAUAGAACUUGAUCACGAUGAAUUAGUAAAGUUAACCAAAGAAGCAAUUCAUAAUAUAAUUGAAAGUGAUCCAUUACUUUCUGGUUUACCGGCAGAUGUUACAUUUGAAGAAAUUAAAGCUCAAAUUGCAGUUGCACAAGGGCAAGCAAUAACUUUAUAUUUGAAUCGUGGAGAGUUACCAAAACUUGGAAUUGUGGUACCUCCCCAUAAUACUACAGUCUUGGAUCUUAAGAAAGCUAUAAAACGUCAUACAAAUUUAUCUUUGAAAAGAGAAAAAGUUAAAAAGAAAAUAAGUUGGAAACAUGUUUGGAAAAAAUACCAUCUAUGUUUUGAUGAUAUUAAAUUAAUUAAUGAUAAUGAAAAUAUAAAAGCUUAUGGAAUCACUAACAAAGCAGAAUUAUAUUAUGUGAAACGGCGUAGAGAAAAAAAUAAAUUG